GAGUCUAUUCAUAUCCAUUGAGUUAGACGCAGAGCUGGUAAAGUUCGCUCGUUAAUACGGUAAUUCAGUUGCUCUAUUGUGUUGUGCAGUGAGGUGCUACGAAACUAUUCUACUAGUGAAACUAUUUUAUUUUAGUCUAGAAUCGACUAGUUUUCAAUUAAUAAAUAAAAUAGCUCAAUAAUUAACUUGCUAUUAUAUUGUGAUUGAAUCCAGUUAUUGUUUGUAAAUGAGCUUUUCAGUAGGCAAGUACCUCUAUCAAAAUACAUGAGUCAACGAUCUCACAAAAAGAAUCUCCAAUCUUCAUAGCUGAUAUGAUAAGACCAUUCAAUUUCUGAACAACAGAAUGGGAUCAAUACGUCUACUAAUUUGAGUAGAAGUCUACUCUCAAUCUACCUAGAGACUUACGGUGCCUGUUUUGGUAGUGUAUACUAAAGAACUAUGGUGAACAUAAACUAUAAUUUAAAUAUUAGUUUAGCGAUAGUUUCAAUUUUUUAUUUGCAAAAGUCAUGUUGUGAGCCUACGAUAGAGUUUUCUGUGGAUAAGAGCAGUUUGCAAGCGACACCUUUGCUCAACUCUAAUAAGAUACAAGAUGAUUUCGUGGACGACAAUUUCAGCAUAUCUGACAAUGCUAACACUCUAAUGGAUAAAAAGAAUGAGACCACUGGAGAAAAUAGACUGCCAGAGGCUAGCAACAUCACGUUUCCAUGGCAGAUGAAUUUGGUCUUCACUCCUUCAGGGGGAAACGGUCUAUGUCAACAGCAUACACAAAUGUUCCUCCAUGAUUUGAAGAAUUUUCAAAGAUGGUCGCUGCAAAUGUGGGACGCAACGGCAAAACUGGGCUCAGGCCUUUUCUCGGGUAAUGCCAAUCAGCUGGGAGACUUCGACUCCUGUCUUCAGGUGAAGAGCGGUGACAUGAGGAACAUCCAAGCCAAGUACUGUCUGGCUCUAGUCGACCUGCAGCUAACGAGCGACGCGGCACCCAUCCUCAGGGACCUCGUCAACAGAAUCCAGGGCGAGAAUUUCGUCAGGGGCACUAGGAAUGAUCCAGGACAUUUCGUGCCGAGGUUCUCUUCAAUUGGAUGGGGUGUCUGUGUUCCUUCCUCCUGUGACGAACAAGCGAUAGAAGCCGGUCUUAUGUCUAUGUUGGCACCACUCAACUCAACAUCAGGACUACUUGUACAUGCAGGUGUGCCAACAAACGCAUGCUAUAAAGUCCCACAAACGUUACCAAUAUCUACGUUAUUGGCGUUAACAUUUUAUGCUGCAGUCAUAUCAUUGGCAAUAUAUGCAACAGUCAUAGAUAAAGGACAAGUGAAACAUGCAAAAAACAAAGGAACUCUUGAACGCCUGGUGACCGCGUUCUCACUGAAGGGCGGUCUACGAGCGUUCUUGGCACCAGGCACCGAUGCGUUCCCGUGCAUUCACGGCAUUAGAGCCCUGUUCACAGUUAUGCUGUUAGUGGCUCAUAAAGUCAUUCCGCUCGCUUCAAUUUUGUACAGCGAUAGGGUCAAUCUGACAAGGCAUUCAAAUACAACGUGGAGUUCACUACUGCGGGCUUCUAAUAUCUACACGGAUUCGUUUCUGUUGAUGAGUGCAGCUCUCACAUCCUACUAUUUGGCCAAAGAAAUCAGCACAAAGGGAUCCAUUAAUUGGCCAGGGCGUCUUGUCACCAGAUAUAUCAGGUUAACACCACCCUUACUGGCUGUAAUAGUUUACUAUGCCUAUGUGAUGGAAUACAUGGGCUCAGGACCCCAAUGGUCAUCUGUGGUGAAUGCUAAUGCAGAUCUCUGUAAAGCCAGUCUUUGGAAAAACCUGCUCUACAUCCAAAAUUUCUUCCCGUUCGAGAAAAUGUGUGCCACACAUACUCACCAGUUAGCCCUAGACAUGCAAAUGUUUCUACUAGCUCCAGCCUUGGUCUACAUUCUGCAUUGGGAGAAAUUCCUGGGUCUAGCUCUAUUUCUGAUGAUAGCUAUUGCAUCCACAGCUCUACGAUUCUACGCCAUAUUCAACAAUAAUAUAUCGCUCUACAUUCACUAUGGAGCCACGGUAACCGAACUUUACAAUGCAGCAAACUUCUCAUAUGGCCAAACUACACACAGGAUUGUGCCAUAUCUGAGUGGAAUCUGCCUGGGAUACUUUUUAUAUAAGUCAAAGAAAUCUAUCUGCUUGACACCCAAAUGUGCGGUUUUCGGAUGGGGCCUUAGCAUAGCUUUUUGUCUGUAUUCAGUAUUUUCGCAAGCACAUCUUGCUAUGCCAAAUCACAUAUUUGAUGCAUAUGACGCCGCCAUAUAUGCAGCUCUCUCUCCCUUCACAUGGGCUCUCUCUCUCUCCUGGCUGAUACUAACUUGCAGUACGGGGCACGCUGGUAUGUACUCUCUCAUCACUUGA